AUGAAGCAAUUCAAGACACCUGAAAAGAAAACAACUCAAGAAAUCAGACAGAGUCCAAGACUUAAAAUGAUUGAAUACAAAAAAUCUGUGACUCCUAUUAAAGUUGAUGAUAGCCUUGUAAAGAAAGAAUCUGAUGAAAAAGUAACAGAACAGAAAAAAGCUGUUAGAGAAAUGGGAUUGGGAUCUUUGCUGAGAAUUGCAACCAAUGGAAUUUCUGGGAAAUUGGCACGUUUUGUUGUGAAUUCAUUCAAUCCAUCAGAUAUGAAAAUCCAUCUACCUAAUGCGAAGAUAGACAUAACACCAGAACUUGUUCAUGAUUUGCUUGGAAUUCCUCUAGGUGGAAAAGAUAUAUAUAACACUGAUCAAUGUGAAGGAAAAGAAUUAAUGGAUUGGAAGCAACAGUACAAUUUCAAGGCUAUGAGACCAUCAGAUGUUGAAGAGAGAAUUAAAGAAUCAUCAGAUUCAGGGAUUAUUUUCAGAACAAACUUUUUAUUACUGUUUGUUAAUACCAUCUGUGAACAGAAUAAGCCUGGAACUUGUAAGACAACAGUAUUGCCACAUUUGUUAGGCAAAACACCUAUGAGAGAAAUUGACUGGUGUGGUUUUAUAACCAAUUGCUUGAAAAUGUCAAAGAUGACGUGGGAUGAAACCGAUAGAGGAAACUACUAUUGUGGGCCACUUCUUGUAUUAUUGUUAGCUUAUUUGGAGUUUAUGAGGAAUGAUAAGAAUGAAAAAAGACAAAUACAUGCACUACAUUUUUGGGAUUAUGAAAUGAUGGUGAAAAGGGAAAAAGCUGAGUUAAAGAGUGGUGACUUUGGAACUUUGGAAUGGAAUGAUGAUGUUAUAGAGAAUGAUGAAGAAUCCGACACCGAUGAAAAUGAAGAUAUGAAACUCGAUGAAUUGGUAUUCAAAGCGAAAAAGAAUUACAAAAACUAG